AAGCUGAUUGGUCAGAAGGAGGUCGGCGCCCAGCGCUGCCUCGGCUGUGAGUGGUGGCGGGGAGAGGGGCGGAGUUUCUAUUGGCUCGGACAGGUUAGCGCGCGAAUAGGCUGAUUGUGGUGCCUGGAGUGUGAAGCGGGAUUGCGGGCAAGAUGUGGAAUAACCACGGUGGUUUUGAUGGCGGCUAUGGUGGCGGCACGGGUGGAGGAGGCGGAGGAGGGUAUAUGCAAUCACCAGGUGGCUUUGGCUCCCCGGCACCUACACAAGGAGAAAAAAAAUCUAGGGCCAGGACACAGCAAAUUGUUCCUUGUACAGUUUCCCAGUUGCUGUCUGCCACCCAAAGUGAUGAACUCUUCAAGAUAGGAGAGGUGGAACUUUCUCAGGUUACAAUAGUGGGCAUAGUGAGACAUGCAGAAAAAGCACCAACAAACAUCUUGUAUAAAGUAGAUGACAUGACUGCAGCACCCAUGGAUGUCAGACAAUGGGUGGAUACAGAUGAAGCAAGCUGUGAAAGUGUUGUACCUCCUGGAAGUUAUGUGAAAGUAUCAGGUCACCUUCGUUCCUUUCAUGGUAAUCUAUUUAAUAAGAAGAGUGUAGUUGCGUUUAAGAUUGCUCCUGUUGAAGACAUGAAUGAGUUUGUGUCACACAUGUUGGAAGUUGUUCAUUCUCAUAUGAGUCUCAAUGCUCAGCCUGGAAGCGGUGGGCCGUCUUUGGCACUCAAUACACCUGGUCGUGCGAGUAGUGACACAGCUGGCAGCUUCUCUGCAGGAAACGAUAUGCAUACAAAUGGACUAACACCCCAUCAGGGCCAGAUUUUGAAUCUUAUAAGAAGCUGUAAAGGAAGUGAAGGCAUGGGCUUUGAAGACCUGAAGUCAAGACUGCAUGGAAUGAAUGUGAAUACCAUCAAACAAGCUUUGGAGUUUCUCAGCAAUGAAGGUCAUAUUUAUUCCACCGUGGAUGAUGACCAUUAUAAGUCAACGGAUGGAGAUUAAUCAAGUGGGGAGCCUAGAAGAAACCAAUAGUAACCUUAGAGAUUUUUUGGCUGAUUGCGAGAACAGACGACGACAGCUGGUCAUUGCUGGCAUUUGUUUUGCUUUUAGAAAGCUAAGCAUGGUAUAUUAUCCACCCCUUUUAUUACUGAAAGAUACACACUUGAUUACAUAUGAACCCUGGGAGGGAAAUGCUGUAAAUUUUGUUAUGUUCAUACAUCUGGACCAUAGCCACAUAAAACUACCAGUUCAAUUCUAAGUGGGGAGAAAAAAGAUUUUUGAUUUACUGGUGUCUGCAUCAGCAUAAAAGGAUAAUUUUUAUAUCUGCUAGGUAUGAGAUUUGUUACUGAACUGGCUAAGUGGAGUGGAUGCCAUUAUUCAUAGCGAGAACAACUAUUUACAAGGUGCUCACCAUAAAUAUUCACCUUCCUUGUAACAAUUUAUAUUGUGUAUUCAGGUAAACUGUUAAAGUUUAUCUAGGAACCAUGUAUAUGCAGCUAUAUACUGGUAUUGUGUGGGUAGUUUAACUCUUGAUAUGCUACCAAAAGCUAAAUUUUCCAUUUAGAUUUACAACCACCUUUUUAAUGUCUGUCCAAUUCUCUAAUAUUCUAUUGUGUACAGACUGUAUUCAUAAGGGUAUCACUUAUAGCUGUUUUGUACUAUGACACAAGGAUUUUUCUUAAUUUUAAUAUUGUGUAGUUUCAGUUGAACAUUAGUCUUUAAAAUAUAUGUAAAUAAAACAUGUAAAAUAAAUGUGGAUGAUGUGAAUAAA